AUGGCUCUGGGUUUGAUGCCGAAUCGGGCCUUCACUGUUGGAUGGAUCUGCGCCCUGCCUACAGAGCGAGCGGCAGCAAUGACCAUGUUGGACGAAUUCUACCAAGAGCCCCAAGAACAGCAUCCAGCAGACACCAAUCAGUACGUAUUGGGACGAAUCAAGAAUCACUGUGUUGCCAUUGCUUGCCUUCCAGCAGGCGAGUACGGCCUUGCUUCAGCUGCUGCGGCUGCACAACAAAUGCUCUCGAGUCUUCCCACGAUCCGAUUCGGCCUACUAGUUGGGAUCGGUGGUGGUAUACCAGGACCCGGGAGAGACAUUCGGCUUGGCGAUAUCAUCAUCAGCAAACCACAGGAUCAGCUUGGCAGCGUUAUGCAAUACGACCGCGGGAAGACAUUCGGGCACCGGUUUGAAAGAACGGGGUUCUUGAGCGCCCCACCGAGAGUGCUGUUGAACGCGUUGGCGCUCUGA